AUUGAAGAGAUGGAGCCCAGGAGAGAAGGAGGAAAGAAGAAGGCAGAGAAAUCAAGCGAAAGAGUGGUGGAGACCUGGGGACACAAGGGAGGAGGCAGGGGAGCAGAGAGAUGGGGAGAGAACGAGGAAGGGAGGUGGAGAGAGAGGGGUGCAGAAAGGGACUCUAGGAGACAGGGAGAGAUAGGAGGGAAAACAGGGAAAUGGGCAAGAAGGGACUGGGGCGCACAGGGAGUCCCUGAGGUCAGGGGAACCCAGAUUUCCUCGUGGUCUCAGUCUUCUAGUUCCUCUGUAAUUCUACCCUGGGGCUUCAAAGAGGAGGUGGAGGAGGCAGCAGUGGGGAGAAGGAGCUGGGGUGGGUGGCCCAGUCAGAGCCUCUCCUGCAGUCUUCCUGAGACGUCCCCCACCCACCUACCCAGGAUGCAGCCAGGAGUGCAGCCCGUGUGCUCCACGACCAUGGGCAACCCCACCACGCACAGGGAGGCAGGAGCCCUCCUUAUGGACCUGGAGACCCCAGAGGAGAUGCAGGCUCGGAGCCUGGGCAGGCCCAUCAAAUCCUCGAGGCAGUACCUGCGGCGGGUCAUUGCAGAGUACGAGGCACUGGACCGAGAGCUGCCGUGCAUCCGGAAGUUCUCCACACAACCAGCUGCCCAGCCCCUCUGUCUCUGCAUGGAGACCCUGCCCGAGGAGGAUUUUACCCACCUGGAGGUGCUGCAAGCGCUGGAGGCCGAGUUACCGGGGGCCAUGGAGAGCGGGCGCGUGAGCAGCAUCCGCUUUGAGAACAUAAAUGUCAUCUGUGGGACUGCGGGCCGCCGGAACCGGUGGCUCAUCGCAGUCACGGACUUCCAGACGCGCUCGCGCCUGCUGCGCUCCGGGCUGAGUCCUCGCGGGGUCGCGCACCAGCUCGUGCGCCACGACGACCUCCUGCUGGGCGACUACCGCCUGCACCUGCGCCGCUCCCUCGUCCGGCGGCGCAUGCUCGAGGCCCUGGGGGCGGAGCCGGACGAGGAGGCCUGACGCCUGGGCCGAUCCCGCCUGCGCACGCGCACCGCCCGCCGGCAGGCACCACCCACCCCGGGCCCGGGAGGACAGGGGGCGUUGCCUUCCCAGGAAGGAGGCGGGGCCGGCUCGAGGGGGUGGAUACUGUGAGUUUAAUUAUAAAGAAUGACCUGGUACAAAAGC